AUGAAAGCAAGUACACUCAGCUGUUCUGCAUUCAUCGAUGGACACUCUGCCCACUUCUUGUCAUUGAACGUGAGGCAUCGCAAGAACCUACCUAUUUGAAAUUAUUCCCUGAUACCUGCAGUUUAUGCAAUUUCCAGCACAACGAAUAGACGCGUCAUCUAGCACAUCAUGGCAAGCGAUCCCCAGCCCCCACUGAACAAAUCAAGCGCCGACGACCACGCCAUCCAAAGCCAAUUCCAUCGCCUCCGCUCGCUCUUCAAAGACUCAGACUACUCCACACACCCUGAACACUGGGACACACUAUGGAAGGAAUCCUUCACCCCCUGGGACCGCGGCGGGCCCAGCCAAGCCCUCGACGAAGUCCUGUCCCUCCACCGCGAGCUCUUUCCCAAUGCCCCAAGCAGUGCUCAUGAUUGGGACAAGCCAAAACCCAAAGCUUUAGUGGCCGGCUGUGAGAGAGGCCACGACGUGUUACUCCUGUCUGCACAUGGGUAUGACGUCUACGGACUUGACUCAUCCGUGACAAGCAUGGAGGAGGCCAAGAAGAACGAGAAACGGGUGGCGGAAGAGGAUGCAGAGGGCAAGUGGAAGGAGGUGUAUGCACCGAGGAGGGAGCUAGGCGUUACGACAAAGGGCAGGGUGAUGUGGGUGACGGGAGACUUUUUCGAGGACGACUGGGUGAAUGAUUCGGGAUAUGGAAAGGUGAAGACUGGGUUUGAUCUCAUUUUUGAUUAUACGUUCUUUUGCGCCCUUCCGCCUGAAGCACGCCCACAAUGGGCCAAGAGAUUGUCCCGAUCUUCUCAACCCCGACGGCGGAAGACUAGUCUGCCUCGAGUGGCCACUUGA